AGCCUCAACCCGUUGUGGGCUAAUCUCCAGGCAGCACAGGUAGCAGCAGAUCGCACAGUGCAGCACCCCUGCCACCGCCGCCUGCCCGCCCACCCGCUGCCGCCUUCCGCCGUUGUGGCUAGCACGCCCCAGGCAUGGUCGCUGCCCCUACCACCUUCAACAACACGUAUUACCUUCUCCGGCACGGCCUCAGCCACGCCAAUGAGCAGGACUUGAUUGUGAGCCGGCCAGAGAACGGGCAGGAGGCACGCUGGGGCCUGAGCGACACGGGACGGCAGCAGGCAGCGGCGGCGGGGCAGCAACUGGCGCAGCAGCUGGGCAUGCACGAACCUGCGUCGCUGGCAGUGCUGGCCUCGCCCUUUAGCCGCACAGUGGACACCGCAGUGGGUGCGGGGGCGGCGCUGGGUAUCCAGGAGGGCGACCCGCGGCUGCAGCUGGAGCCGGCGCUGCGCGAGCGGUGCUUUGGCGACCACGAGAUGACCAGCUGCGCCAAUUACGAGCUAGUGUGGGCGCAGGACGCCUUGUCCACAUCCAACCGGCCACCAGGAGAGGGCGGGGAGAGCGUGGAGGACGUGGCGGCGCGGACCGCGGGCCUGGUGCAGCAGCUGGAGCAGCGGCACAGCGGCAAGCACUUAGUGCUGGUCUCCCACGGCGACGCGCUCAGCAUACUGGCCGCCGCCCUGCUGGGCACGCCGCUGGGCGAGCACCGGCGGCACGGCCUGCCAAACUGCGGCAUACUGCGCAUCGGCGGCAGCAGCUGAAUUGAUGCACGCUUGAUGUGCUUGCACAGCCCUGCCCUCGGGUUGCUCGAACCGAGUGAGCUGUGGGCGUGCCGUCUGCGGCGGCGUCAUGCCAGAGCGGACCCAGUAAUCAAACCCUCAUGUAAUGCUUAUCUUCCCC